GUGGACAGAUUGCUGCCCUGGAGAUUCCCACUGUGGUGGGAUACAAAAUUCCCCAAUUUAAUCCAUAGCCAGAUCCAGAUCCCGUGUUUUUAUAGGCGUAUGUUGGAAGUUUGGCCUGGACUGAUAUGUGGUCGGAAUAAAGCGGACAGCAGCGCGUGGACUGGAGGAUGUUACAGGAUGAAACGUUCCAGGUCCUCAAGCAGCAGCGACAGUUCUGACAAUGAAAGUCCCUCUACCUCUUUCUGCUCCUCCAAUAAGUAUGGCAGCAAAUCGGGAACCCCCACCUCCAACCAGAAGAAACCGGCUGAAGUGUUCAGAAAAGACCUGAUCAGUGCCAUGAAGCUGCCCGACUCCCACCACGUGUCUCCAGAGGACUACUACCUGCUGGCAGACACCUGGAAGAUGGAGUGGGAGAAAGGAGUCCAGGUGCCGGCGAGUCCAGACACGAUCCCGGAGCCGUCAGUCAGAGUUAUUGUGGAGAAAUCCAAGGAGGUGCUGUACAGCCACCAGAGGAAGUACAUCCAGUGCUCCAGCCAGGAGUCAACAGAACCGGGUUACGUCAACAUCAAAGAGCUGGCAGAGGCCAUGUGUCGCUAUGACCUGGAUGACAUGGACCUUUACUGGCUGCACUCACUCAACAGAGAGCUCGACCGCAUGGGGGAGGAGCCCAUAGACGAGCUGACGAUGGAGCGUGCCAUGGAGGCCCUGGAGAGUCAGUGCCACGACAACAUGAACCACGCCAUUGAGACGGUGGAAGGAUUGGGGAUUGAAUAUGACGAGGACGUUAUCUGUGACGUGUGCCGCUCCCCCGAUAGCGAAGAAGGGAACGACAUGGUGUUCUGUGACAAGUGCAACAUCUGUGUGCACCAGGCCUGUUACGGCAUCGUCAAAGUGCCUGUUGGAAACUGGCUGUGCAGGACGUGUGUCCUCGGCAUUGACCCGCAGUGCCUUCUGUGUCCUCAGAAGGGCGGUGCCAUGAAGGCGACUCGAGCAGGCACCAAGUGGGCUCAUGUGAGCUGUGCCCUGUGGAUACCAGAGGUGAGCAUCGCUUGCCCGGAGAGGAUGGAGCCCAUCACCAAAGUGUCCCACAUCCCGCCCAGCCGCUGGUCUCUCAUCUGCAGUCUGUGUAAAUUAAAGACAGGCGCGUGUAUCCAGUGCUCGGUAAAGAACUGCACCACUCCUUUCCAUGUGACAUGUGCCUUUGAGCACAGCCUGGAGAUGAAGACCAUCCUGGACGAAGGAGAUGAAGUCAAAUUCAAGUCUUACUGCCUGAAGCACAGCAAGUCUAAAGCUGGGGAGGCUGGCCUGAGCCCAGCUCGCUCCAAACCCCCUGGUGAGGCGGAGAAGGUGGGCCAGCGGGCACAGAGACUGCAGGAGCUGGAGGAGGAGUUCUACACUUUGAUCCAGCAGGAGGAGCUGGCCCAGGCCCUCAGGCUGUCAGUGCGCCUGGUGGACUUCAUCUAUCAGUACUGGAAGCUGAAGAGGAAAGCUAACUUCAACAAAGCUCUGCUGCCCCCUAAAGAGGACGAGGAGAACCUGAUGCUGCAGCCUCAGGAGGACAGCAUCCACACACGCAUGCGGAUGUUCAUGCACCUGCGACAGGAUCUAGAGAGGGUGAGGAAUUUGUGCUACAUGGUGAGUCGUCGAGAGAAGCUGAAGGUUUUGCAGAGCAAAGCCCAGGAGCAGAUGUUCAACUUGCACGUGAAGCUCAUGAACCAGGAGCUCUCUGCUGGCCUUCCUUCCUCAUCUCCAGUGGAGAGUAUGCUGUUUCGUCCUCCUCCGAGGAUAACUCUGAAGCUGAAAAUGCCCAAAUCCUCAACUCUUGGAAAUGGAAAUUCCAAAUCUGGGAACGGGCCGCUCUGCCCGGACAAUAGUGGCAAUGUUACUGAACAUGCAGGUGAAGGGCAGGGUCAGGGGAAGCCGCAGCUGCAUGGACGCAGUCGGGGAGAGGAGCGCUCUAACGGACGGCUGUCUGGCUCGAGCCACUCGCGCAGCCAGGCGCUGCCUGUUAAACCAACAGGCAAACCUUUAGCUCUGCACGCUGCUCUGCAUGGUCAUUCAUCCAAUAGUAACGGCAAACUGGACCAAGAGCGUGCGUGCCUGGCCAAAUCUAACGGCCUCUUAGAGAAGUUUGUAGCUCAGAGGGACAGUUCUUGCCAGACACCCAUUGACCAGGAUGCUUCACAUCCUGUGUUGGACAAGAGCAGCUUUCGCAAGUCUGCCAUGGAGCACUUUGGCAGGUCCUUCAAAGAGGCGACCAUUAACUUGGUACGGACCACAGAGGACCUGCGGGCCUCUGACAAACUGUCCCGCAAGGGCUCAGCCAAGGAGAGACUAUGGGAUAAACCCGUGUCUGAACACAAAGUGAAAAGCGCCAGAUCAUACCAGGACAGUGAUGGAUACUGUCCUGAUCUGGAGCUAAGUGACUCAGAACCAGAGGCCAAAGGGAGGCACAGGCGGCAGGUUGGGCUGCCUCAGCCAGACGCUCCGAGGAGAGGGGUCAGUCGUGGGAAACAGUCGCUGGGCUCCAGACACCCGGUGCAGAGGUGACAGCUGUUUGUUCACUCCGCUCACUGCCGCCGCUCUCCUGACUUUGUGGCGUUCUUCCCAAGUGCCAGGCAGUCUCUGUUAACAUGUUUAUCAGGGACCAGACCAAGACCCAGCGCCAGUGGUGCUGUAUACAUAGUAGAUGCAGAUGCAUGAAAGGUGUUGUCAUUAAGACCAUCCCCCAGUGGGAAAUGUAGCCCCGUGUAAGUGUUGGUUUGAAAGAAAUAAAUCUUUAUGCUCGCAUUUCAUUGUGGCUAGAAUUACAUUUUGUACUCUGCACAACUUUGUAUCACCUUCUCGCCCAAACACAGGGUCAAUCUGCCUUUGACUGAAACUGCUGUACAUAAAGAUGUUCAAAUUGGGAUGUAAAUAAUGUUGAAUCACAAACAUUCCUUUUUAUUGAUACUUAAAAGGUCCAACGUUUAGGCUUUAGAGGGAUAUACUGGCUGAAAUGGAAUAUAAUAUAAUAAGUAUGUUUUCAGUAGUGUAUAAUCACACCAAAAAUACGAAUUCCUGUUUUUGUGUCCUUUAAAUGAGCUGCUGAUGUUUACAUAGGGAGCAGGUCCAAGGUCCCCAGGAAGUGUGCAGGGCUUUGAAGCCACUUUUCAUAGUGGCCAAAUAGUGAAAUUAUAACUCCCAAGUUCAUCACAUGAUGCCAUUUGGCCCAAAAAUGCAUUUUCCCAUAGACUUACAUGGAGAAAGAGAUGCAUGUCAACCUCUGCGAUGACUUGCUUCACUAUCAGGAUUUAAUCCAUUCGUUCUGUCUGAAAGUUUAGAAGAGCAACAAGAAUAAGGCCAUGUUUAGAUGAGAAUGGCCCUACUAAAAACAGAUAGGUCU